AUGGCAACUUCAACCCUCUCCACCUCAGACGAUUUGCUGCUUUGUAUGGGCUGCGGCGCCCAGUACGACGUCAGUGAACAAACCGGCAAAGACGAAUGUCGAAUUUGCGAUGAUCCGCGACAGUUCAUCCCCGAGGAAGGAUACUCAUUCACGACGUUGGCAAAGCUCAAACGCAGUGGAAAAUAUAAGAAUGUCUUUGAGCAGUGUAAGUAUAAUGAGAAUGUGCUUGAGAUUUGGACAGAGCCAAAGUUCGGAAUCGGCCAGCGGGCAUGUCUAAUCCAGACGCCGCAUGGGAAUGUGCUUUGGGAUUUAAUUGCGUUUUUGGAUCAGGAGAGUGUGGAUAAGAUCACGAAACUUGGCGGGUUGAAGUUCAUCAUCAUUUCUCAUCCGCAUUUCUACACGACGUGGGCGGAUUGGUCUGCCACAUUCAAAUGCCCCGUCUACAUGACUGAAGUAGACUCUGUGUGGGCCAAUAGGAAAGACUCUUCAUCUGCAACAUUGAAGUUGUUGAAGGACCCAUACACAGAACUUCUCCCAGGUCUCACCGCUGCUAUUUGUGGAGGGCACUUCCCUGGGAGCAUGGUGUUGCAUUCUGCCGUCCCCAAUACUCCCAUUCCGACGCUUUUCGUGGCUGAUACGAUUUUCGCCGUGGCUUCUUCGCAUAAUCCAGACCCUGGGAAGAGGAAAGACACCAUCUCGUAUCAGUUUUUGUGGAGUAUUCCGAAUUUCAUCCCUUUGCCGCCCGAUACGGUCAUGCAAAUUUGGAAAGCGCUGAAGCCGUUUGAUUUCAAGGCCACUUAUGGGGUGAUGGCUAAAGUGACCAAUGUUUUUGAGAAACCUGGCCAGACAUUAAGUCUCAAGGGAAGAGUCCUUCAAAGCGCCAAGAUUGCUGUUAAGGCGAUGGGAUAUUCUGACCACGGCAUUUUUACGGAAGAAUUGUGA